UAUUAAUCAAGGAACGUUCAUACAGGUCAAGGAAACUUGGAAUCCUGGUUUACCUCCACAAGUCGCUCAUAUUAUGAGUCUUGUAUUUCUCUCAUUUUCCCUGCAUUUAAUGGAUCGACAGUCGGAGUAUAUGAGUCGCUUAGAUUACCGAUGGAAAAGACGACUUGCGGGCGAACAAGAAGAAGCUGAAACAACACGUUUGGUCAAUAAAAUGCUUCUUCAGAAUAUUCUUCCUAUACAUGUUGCUGAGUUAUACCUUAAUCCUGACCGAACGCAGGAUGGAGUGUAUCACGAAGAAUAUGAAAAUGUGGCUGUGAUGUUCGCCUCUUUGGUGGAUUUUGCUCCAGAUGAAAUUGAUGGCCAUGAAUCAAACGAAAUGGGAAGCCUUAAACUUCUGAAUACAAUAAUAUGCGAUUUUGACAAGAUUUUAUUUGAAAAGAACAUAUUGAACCGUGUGGAGAAAAUCAAGAUGGCUGGUUGGACUUACAUGGCAGCCUCUGGUCUAGACCCAGGAAGACGGGACUCGCUAAUCUCCAAUCCUGAAGAACAGACUUCAGAGCACAUCGUGCCAGUUCUUGUGAAAUUUGCGGCGAGAAUGAUGCAAACUCUUCAAAGAAUAAAUGAGGAAAAAAAGCAUACUUUUAAACUACGAAUUGGAAUAUCACAUGGACCUGUAACAGCAGGUGUUGUUGGUGCUCAAAAACCUCUGUACGAUGUUUGGGGUGAUGCAGUGAAUAUGGCUUCUCGAAUGGAUUCUACGGGAGAGUCUGGAAAAAUUCAGGUAACUGAAGAAACAGCAAAAAUUUUGGAACAACAAGGCAUUCAGUGUGAGUAUCGUGGCCCUACCUACGUGAAAAACAAGAGUUUCGUCACAACGUACUUUGUCUGCCUUGACGAAAAUUAUGAAGUUAUAAAAUCAGUGGAAAGCGAUACAGAAGAAGUAUUUGAUGAAGCACUGUGACGUUGAGUGAAACCUGAGUGUUAGUUGCAAAAUGCGUGAAUGAUAGUAAACUUGCUGUGCAACCUCAGUGGCAUUUCUAAAUCAUUUCAACGAUUAUAUAAUUUUUAUAGGAAAGUCUUUUGUAUAUGUGCCAAAUCAUGUAUAACACAAUGUAACAAAGUUUGAUAUUUUUUCUAUCUAACUUUAAGAAGGCCAAUAAUAGCAAAAUGUAAAUUUUUCUUUUUCGGUUGAGAAAUAAUUUUUGAAGGACACCUGACAAUGAAAAAUCGUAAGUAAUAUCAUGUAUAUCGUAUGUAAACUUUUUACCUACUUGUUGAAACCCUUCUAAAAUGUUAUUAAAGUGUCACAAGUUAUUACAUGUUAUGCAGCCAAUUUUACGUAAUUCCUUUUUGCCAUCUCAUAAGAUAAUCAAGUUUUCUGAUUUUUUUGUAAUAAU